ACAGUUCCUAAAAAAACGAGCAAGAAAGAGGUUUAAAGAAUACAAGGAUGAAACUGAUGAAGUAAGGAUUGCCCGUAAAAUUAUUGAAGCAAAACAGGCAUUGUAUCGCCUUAAGAGGGCUAACGUAUUUGACCUUAAGGCAGUAACUCGUGUGUUAGAGUGGACGUAUGGGAGAAAAGGACAAAUGAGACAUAAAAUGCUAGAGUCAAUCAUCAAUGAACCCAGCCCAGCACCAAAACCCAUUGUUAGGGGAUUUCCUCGGACUGCACCUCCUCGAAUGUCUCCAUCCCUUAAAACAUUAUUAGUUUCUCAAGGAAAAUCUUUGUAUCCGGUAUUACCCGUACCAAAGCAUAAACCCUUGUAUCCGUCUCGGAGAGCGAAUUUAUUAUGGCGGCAUUACUCGAAAAAUAUGAAAUCAAUCAUGCCACCUAUUAAUGAUAAAUUAUUGGAUGAAAUAGAGAAAAAGGCAGGAAAAGGCACCCUAACAAGCGAAGGAGUUGGAUGGCGUGAGUCAAUCCCGUCAAAUACCGAGUACAACAUAGAUGGAAAAAAAUUCUUGACUCUUCCUCCAAAUACUGGAGCCCCGAAGCACUCACGAGAUCGGGUUAAAGAAGGCCCAUAUAAAACCUCUAAUCCGCAUAACCCUAGGCCUCGUUUCAUACGCAGGAUCUAUCAGAGACUCUUGACCGAUAUCCCCAUAUUAAAAGAAAAAAAAAUCGAAUCGGAAAGUUCCACGGUCUUGGGUUCGCAAAUCCCUAAGAAUUUAGAAAAUGUUGAAAAGAAAUCGUCCAUGGAUCAAAAACAUUAUAUUAUUACAAAAUCUCCAUGGUCAAGAGGGCGUCCGGUUCCACUGGUGAAUCCGAAGGAUAGACAAGGGUUGAAUGUUGAAGAAAUAAAGAAUUUCUUAGAAAGAAAAUCUAAGAAAAGGUCAUCACUCGAGUCUAAAUUUCAAUGCGAUUUUUGGAGUCUUCAAAGUCUUAAAAAGACCUCAAUUGUUAAUCCCACACAUGAUCAUAUUCGCGAUAUAAAUUUUGAGUUAUUAAAAAGUAAAGGUAUACAAGUAUUGGCUUUCGACAAAGACAAUACGCUCACCGCUCCAUACAUUGAUAAAUUACAUGAACCUUUUGAGGCCGCGUGGGAAGAAUGCAAAAAGCAGUUUGGGAAGGAGAAUAUUGUAAUCAUAUCGAAUUCGGUCGGAACCGCAGAUGAUCCUGGAUAUAAAAAUCGUAUGUCUGGACAGGCACGGAGUGUGGAAGAAUCUUUAGGUGUUCCGGUGUUAAGACAUAAAUCGAAGAAACCUGACGGGGGACCCGAAUUGAUCGCCCACUUUGUUUCUAUUCCUCCCACUAAAAUCGCCAUUAUUGGCGAUCGUCUGCUCACUGAUGUUUUGUUCGGAAAUAUGAACGGGAU